AUGGCUUCCACAUCCAGCUCCUCGUUCUCGAGCUCGCCUCGGGACAUCUCGGGCUCGUCUCCGGCCGGCUACUCGUGCGCCUAUCCCAGCUGGCCGACCGGCAACAGUUUCGGCUCGGGCGUCUAUCGCAACAACACCCCCAGCUCCUACAUCAGCGACGAGGAUCUCUUCGGCGACGACCUGCUUGGUGGCUCUCCCUUCCUCGAGGAGGCCCCCGCGCCGCCCCGGAUUCCGCAGAUGCCGCAGGUCGCACAGCCCCUCCUGCCGCUCUACGCCACCCCCAAGAAGUCCAGGCAGCCGAGCUCCAAGAAGCAAAGGCGCCCGUCCAAGCCGAUGAGCCCCAUCAGCGAGUCGCCUGAAAAGCCGGCCGAGUGA